GUACAGAUAAGAUUUCAUCCAUCUUUUUCAGCUUUUCUCCAGCCACGGCAAACGCGCAAUUAUGACAUGCGCAUCUCCUUAAUCGAUUGUCGGUCAAGCUCAUAAAAAAAAGUGCACCAACCAACUAUUCUUUUUUUUUUCCCCAAGUCAAAGCUUCAAGCUCCACUCAACCUCUACCUGUCGCAUCCGGAGGGCCAGAUAUCGCCAAUCGCAAAUAAAAAGAGAGACAUAUAUACCCAUUAUCUAGGUACACACACACACCAUGGCGGACAAAUGGGUUGAUUGGAACAAGACGCCGAGGUCCAAGGACUAUCGCGGGUCGUCGUCGUUCGCGACGUUUAUGAUUAUCGGGCCGACCUGCUUCUUCCUCGGCAUCCUCUUCGCCAUGUUCCCGUACGACUUCCCGCUGCUGUGGACCAAGGACCCCAUCUCGGCCGCGUACCUGGACCAGCUGUCGACGCACCUGCGGUUCAUGCACCAGUCGCCCCCGCUCAUCGCCCGCAUCCUCAGCAUCAUGGUCGGCGUCGGCUUCCUCGGCUUCUUCAUCAAGCUGUUCCGCGCCUCCGAGUCCAACAUGCUGUUCGACGGCGCCUCCCUCGUCCUCUACCUCAUCGGCGUCGGCGUCUACGUCGCCAACAUCGUCAAGGGCCUGCGGCUCGUGAGCGCCGGCGCCUGGGAUGAUGACAUUAACGGGGUCUUUGAUCCGACGGCCGUCGGCGUCGGCAGGCCCGGCGCCGGCGCGGGAGACCCGCUGACCGGCGGCGAGAUCAUCCUGGGCCGCGAGGAUAGCCUCAAGGUGCUGGCCGCGAGCAACACGAUCCUGGCGCUGGUGCUCGUCGGCGUGCUGGUGCUGCAGGCCGGGCAGUGGUAUGCGGAGCGCAAGGACAACGAGGAGUACGAGAAGUACCAGAAGAUGGAGAAGGAGAAGAGUGGCAACCCGUCGAGUCCGACGGCCGAGAGGAACAAGAAGAAGCAAUAAAAAAAAAGGUGGGAGGGGGAGAGAAGAGAAGAAGGGCUUCUUUUAUUUUUAUUUUUCUGUCAUAACAUGCUUAUCAUGUAAGGCCCAUGCUGCUUCGGCGGGUUGGGCUGCUAUUGGUGGUGUUUAGUUAAAAACACACGCACAAGAUAAGUACUUGGCGGAUUGGGGUUUUGGAUUUAGGUCGUGCGGGUUUGACGGCUAUUAUCUCGAGAUGUAUGAGUUGCUGAUGGUCGAUUAAUGGGGGGGAGGGGGGCAUAAGAAAAGGGCAGCAUGCCUUAGGAAGGUAACCCUUGAGAAGGAAUCCGGGAUACUUGUACGAAAGAAAAAAGAAGUUAUUAUGCUAUAUUAUCUAGUGUAGAUUCGGUUUUGGAUGUGUGCAUGAAAUAAGAUAAACUGGCAUUGGGUUCUUGAGUUUUGCAGCAGUUGACAUAUCAGCCUGGCUCUACGCUCCAUAUUGCUCCAGAGAGUAGAAACCUCUUUCUAGCCCGUCUUUGUCUUGCUCCUCACGUAAUAAUAUAUCCAACCUUUGUUACAUUA